AUGAAUGAUGAAGCCUCCCCCACCCCCGCCACGUCUAGGGUUCUGUGCAAGGUCUCCGUGGCCACCGCCCAUUUUGCCACCAUGACCAACUUCAGCUGGCUGUUGGUGGAAGCUGUGUACCUGACCUGCCUCCUAGCCUCCAAGUCGCCCAGCACAAGGAGGGCCUUCUGGUGGCUGGUUCUUGCUGGCUGGGGCCUCCCCCUGCUCUUCACUGGCAUGUGGGUGUGUUGCAAGGUGGCCUUUGAGGAUGUUGCGUGCUGGGACCUGGAUGACAGCUCCCCUUACUGGUGGAUCAUCAAGGGGCCCAUCGUCCUCUCUGUUGGGGUGAACUUUGGGCUUUUCCUCAAUAUUAUCCGCAUCCUGCUGAGGAAACUGGAGCCAGCUCAGGGCAGCCUCCACCCCCAGUCUCAGUACCGGCGUCUCUCUAAGUCAACACUUCUCCUCAUCCCGCUGUUUGGAAUUCACUAUGUCAUCUUCAACUUUCUGCCCGACAGUGCCGGCCUGGGCAUCCGCCUCCCCCUGGAAUUAGGACUGGGCUCUUUCCAGGGCUUCAUCGUUGCCAUCCUGUAUUGCUUCCUCAACCAAGAGGUGAGGACUGAGAUCUCACGGAGGUGGCAUAGCCAUGAUGCUGAGCUGCUGCCAGCCCGGAGGGCCUUCACCAAGUGGACGAUGCCUUCCCGCUCUGGGGUGAAGGUGUUGACAUCUGUAUGCUAG